UCUAACUGUGCAGCGAAGACUCGAGUCCAUGACACUUCUUUUCCCUCAAAGGUAGUAGUUAGGAAAUACUGUAGGAAGGAUUAUUUUCCUUCAUCUUCUUCUUCUUCUUUCUCAUCAUAAUCAUUGCAGUGAACUUAGGGUACUGUUUGGAAAUGAUUUAAGAAAGUAAAUCUGAUUCAAUCAUAAAAUCAAUUUACAAACCUAAUACUCAUAUCUCUCACUCUCUUUCACCCUAAAACCCUGAAAUAGUAUGGGAAUUUCUUAGAAGAAGAAAAAGAAGCUUAUGAGGGAGGAGGUGGAAGCAGUUUAGCAGGCAUUGAUGGAAGUAAUAAUCCGUUGCUGGGGCUUCAGCUUCACUAUUUAUCUCAUUAUUGUAACACUCACAUUCACUUCUCAACUUGUUAGGGCACAAAAUGCUGCCGCGUUAUGCCCCACAGGCUGGGAAAUUGGACCUCACAAGAACAAAUGCUUUAUACUUGUACCAAAAACUGGUUCUUGGGACGCUGCUGAAUCACAUUGUAAGGACAACAACUACAAAGGUCAUUUGGCUGCUGUCUCUUCGGUUCAGGAACUAAGCUUCGUCCAGGAUCUAUGCUCCGAUAAUGGAUGCUGGGUUGGAGGGAGAGCUUUCAAAUCCAGUACUCUUGGUUUUGGUUGGAAGUGGUCGGACUAUGUUUCACUUUGGAACGAGUCUGCUUUUGUGGGUGCACCACUAUAUUCAACUUGUACCAACUCAUCAACAUGCCAAGGGAAUAAUCUGACGUCUUUCUCGUGUUUGUUGGUGACUCGUAGCCCUCUUGGCGUUGUGGUAGAGAGAUGCAACGAAACGAGGGAGUUUAUUUGCAUGCUUCACUUAGAUGCUAAAUGUCAUCAAGGACACUGCCACACAGAAUAUUUGGUCAUCCUUUCAGUUGUAAGUGCCUUGAUCCUUGUCACAAUAUUGGCUGUUGUGGUUUGGCUCCUUGCCUACAAGCGUAUCAAGAAACGCAGAAGGUCACAUAAAGUAUCUAAUCCUGCAACACGUGCUUUAGUACCUCCGUCAUGGAAGGUCUUUAGCAACGAAGAGCUGAGGUUGAUUACAAAGAAUUUUAGUGAAGGAAGCCGGCUUCUUGGGGAUGCGAAGACAGGUGGGACUUAUAGCGGAGUUCUUCUUGAUGGAACGAGGGUAGCAGUCAAGAGGUUGAAGCAGUCCAACUUUCAGAGGAAGAGAGAGUUUUAUUCUCAGAUUGGAAGGGUUGCAAGACUUUGUCAUCCAAAUCUAGUGGCUGUAAAAGGAUGUUGCUAUGAUCAUGGUGAUCGUUACAUCGUUUAUGAGUUUGUUGCUAAUGGGCCUUUAGAUAGAUGGCUACAUCAUAUACCAAGGGGUGGUAGAAGCUUGGAUUGGUCAAUGAGAAUGAGAGUUGCUACCACACUUGCUCAAGGAAUUGCGUUUCUACAUGACAAGGUGAAGCCACAUGUUGUCCACCGCGACAUCCGUGCCAGCAAUGUAUUGCUUGAUGAGGAGUUCGGGGCACACCUGAUGGGAGUGGGGCUGUCAAAAUUCGUACCAUGGGAAGUGAUGCAUGAAAGGACAGUGAUGGCUGCUUCAUAUGGCUACCUUGCUCCAGAAUUUGUGUACAGGAAUGAGCUGACGACAAAGAGUGAUGUUUAUAGUUUUGGAGUGCUGCUUCUUGAAAUUGUUAGUGGACGUAGACCUGCCCAGGCAGUUGAUUCAGUGGGUGCUCAGAGCAUAUUCGAGUGGGCCACUCCAUUGGUGCAGUCUCAUCGCUACCCGGACCUCUUGGAUCCACUAAUCUCCGACAUCCCUGAACUUUGUGUCAUACAAAAGGUGGUAGAUCUUGUAUAUGCUUGCACGCAGCAUGUUCCAUCGGUCCGCCCGAGGAUGUCGCAUGUAGUUCAUCAGCUGCAACAACUGGAAUUCAAAGCUACCAGUACUGCUACUAAUACCAUCAGCAGUGAGAUGGAUAGCAGUGCUACAAGGACGAGCACCUUUGACUCUCAAAUUCAUUCGCUGGAAGUAGAAGUUAGCAAGAAUUUAGUUUAAUCUUUAGUUUCUCAGUUACUCUUUUAAGGAUAACAAACUGUUAGCAAGAAUUUAGUUUAAUCUUUAGUUUCUCAGUUACUCUUUUAAGGAUAACAAACUGUUUCGUUGUAAAUUUUGUAUCUUGCUUCUUAUCCAAGGGAGACAAACUCGCGCUGGAUCCUCUAAUUCUCUAAA